CUUGUCUUACAAUAAUUUGAGUGGCCUUAUUCCCAAGUUUCCUGCACGAACAUUCAAGAAUAGUGGAAGUUCUUUUUCUCCAGGAGUUGUUGUUUAUGAAUAUGAGUUGAAGAUUGGUUGGGGGAAGUCUGUCUCUCUUCCAGCACAAGCCUUACCUGCUCCCCUACCAGGGCAUAUGGCUAUCAGGAGUAAGGAGGGUGGUACUGUUAUUUUGUCUGGUCCUGAUGGUCCACCAGUUACUUCUGUGACAAACCAGAGUUCUGAGCUGUCUCCUAUGAUCACACCUGUCCAAUUCUCUGUAUCAAUAAAUCGAGACAUUGAGUCACUGCUAACAAUUCGGCUCUUAGUGAGAACCAUGCCAACUGCACUACAGAAGCUUAAUAAGAUGAACUCAUUCCCAUUCCUUACAGCACAUUCAAUCCCAGAUGCACCCGGGUUCCCCAAGUUGCAACCAUCAAGGUUGAGUUUAAGGCUUCCAACCCGGGGUGAAACUCUAGUUCUUACUCCUAAUGUUCCUGACAUAAUGGUUGUACCUCCCGAGAAUGAUCACCUCCGCCAUGUAAUUGAUACUAUGGCUCUGUUUGUUCUUUAUGGAGGAUGUGCUUUUGAACAAGCAGUUAUGGAGAGAGGUCGUGGUAAUCCACUUUUCAACUUCUUGUUUGAACUUGGUUCAAAGGAGCAUACAUAUUAUGUUUGGAGACUUUACUCCUUUGCUCAGUAGUGCUCCUGUAAAAAAUGCAUAUGCAUACCGUACGAAAUUUGAAGCAACCUUACCUGACAUAAUGGAGAGCUUCAAUGACUUGUACCGUAGUAUCACUGGAAGGAUUACUGCUGAAGCACUGAAGGUUAAACAGGCUAAAGGAGAUACUUCACAUGUGCGAAUGAAGACAAAUUUGAUUAAGUUUUACAUGUCAAUUUUUUUCAGAUUAAGUUUCGCAUAUUCAAGAACCUUGAGUUUGUAAUAGAUUUUAAACACAUGGAUGUAUUAAAAGCACAUUGAGAUGCAAUUAUAUUAUGAAUGGAAUAUGUUGUGCUUGAUUA